CAAAAUUUGUAUCAUGGCCGACGACUGGCCAAGUCACCGUUUUUGCAAACUAUAGGGAAUAUAAGUAUUUUUUUGAAACUUUUUAGGAACAUUGUUUAAACUAAUUGUAACAAAAUGGAGAACUUCUUUCCAAGUAUGUGGAAGGUCCGCGAGUUGGCUGAUAAAGUUACGAAUGUAGUAAUGAACUAUACAGAAGUCGAAGCGAAAGUUCGGGAAGCCACAAAUGAAGAACCUUGGGGACCUACAGGACAAAUAAUGCAAGAAUUAGCUCAUUCCACUUUCACAUAUGAACAUUUUCCAGAAGUUAUGUCUAUGCUUUGGAAACGAAUGCUUCAAGACAACAAACAACAUUGGAGGAGAACAUACAAGUCAUUACUUGUUCUAAACUACUUGAUAAAAAAUGGUUCAGAAAGAGUAGUCACAUCAGCAAGAGAACAUAUCUAUGAUCUUAGAUCUUUGGAAAAUUACACAUUCAUAGAUGAUAUAGGAAAAGAUCAAGGAGUUAACAUUAGGCAUAAAGUAAAAGAACUUAUUGAUUUUAUACAAGAUGAUGAUCGUCUGAGGGAAGAAAGGAAAAAGGCCAAGAAGAAUAAGGAUAAAUUUAUUGGAAUGAGUUCAGAUACAUUCGGAAACAAAUUUGGUGGCCGUGAUACCUGGGACGAACGACCCUACACAAGAGAAUCCGAAGAUUGGGACGACACGUCAAACUCAACCAACCGCUACAGGGAUAAAUCGUACGAAGAAGACUACGAUGUCGAGAAAGAAGACAGCGAUUCGGAGUCUAAAAAUAAUAGUCACAAUAAUAGUAUUAAAAAAUAUCAGGAUACGGAGCUAUCACAGAGUCCGGUGCACGUCGACAAACGCGUCAAUAUUAAUAUUAACACUUCUUUGAACAAUUCGCCUAAGAAAACGAUCAAACAGAUAAAGAAGGUCGAUCUGGGUGCUGCAGCUAACUUCGGAAGAGAUGCGAGUCAGAGUCCUCUACCUCCAACAGGAAGUAACUUGCUAAACGAUGACUUCGACCCCAGAGCUAACGAACCAGCAAACGACGUCAAGGUAUCGUCUGAAUUCGGAGACUUCGAGACUGCUUUUGGAGGUACUACGAAUUCUCCCGAAAAAGAAGAUAAUUUCGCUGACUUCAGUUCCGCCUUUUCUAAACCACCAAGCCAAAACACAUCACAAUACUCUGCUAUACCAAAUUUGCUGGGAACUACUCCGGACUCGACUCCUUCAUUAAAUAAUUCUAAUUUACUCCUCGGCAACUCUCCUCCCGAAAAUUUGUUAGCAGGACCUCCUUCCAAUUUCGGUGCUAGUACCUUUGCACCCAUUUCGAAUUUACCUCCAAAUCCAGCUCCGAUGUCUACUCCACAAAGCAAUAGUGAUUUAUUAGGCGACUUAGACUUUGGAUCUCUCAGUAUGGAACCUACUCCAACUAAUGUUCAGAGUAAUAAUAAUUAUGGAUUGCUAGCAAAUAACACGAACGACUUUAUGAGCGCAGGUUCUGUGUUAACUCCUACUUCAAUUCAACCACUCCAACCAAUGUCUUCCACAACCAAUAAUAACAAUACAGACAAACCGACAAUAAAUAAAAACUUACCAGUCGGUAGCACGUGGAAAAAUUCCGGUAAUAUCAACAUAGACUUGGAUAAUUUAUUAACCAAUAAACCAAAAACAGGUCCUUCCCCAAGUAUGAACCAAUUGGCCAGCAACCAAACCUCUCCAAUAAACCAACCUCGGCCAAUGAACGCGGGGAUGGUGUCUCCGGGCUUCGGCACGCAACUGAACUUCAACAACGUGCAGGGUUUCAAUCAACCCCAACAGAAUAAUCAAUUCUUCGCCGCGUUCAAAUGAUUGACACUUCAUAACUGAGGUUUUGAAUAUUGGCAAACCCAUACAAUGAUCUCAGACGGCAAUAUACAAACAUAAACACAAACAAAAAUCAGAAAUAUUUUCAUAGAUUUAAAAUAAAUACGGUAGUUGAGGUUUACCACUAAAUAUAUCUAUUCUUUAAAAGAAUAAAAUAAAUAUAUCAAAAAGAUAUUGUAGUUGGUUUUAGGUUUGAUGCUUUCGGAAUAUUAUUAACAAUAUAUGAAUUACGCGUUAUAAAUAUCCACAAGGGUCCUAGUUAUGAAAACGCAAAAAACUUGUAAAUCAGCAGAAUACUGACAAAUUUUUAUUUAACAGUGUGCUUAAGUGAAAAAAGAUAGACAUUUCGACACUUAUUUUAAGUUCUUCGGGAUUUAUACAUAUACUAAAAACAUUCCUAGGAAAAUCUUAUGUCACGUUAUCUAUUGCUGACAUAACAUUUGACAAAUUAAUGAUCAAGAAGUGUAGGUCAGCCCGGUGUUUUGUAAUAGUAGAUACAUUGUUUUCUAGGUUUUGGUCUGGCAUUAAUUUUUGCUGAUGUUUCUCAAGCAACUGCGAUAGUUCUCGUCAGUUCUGUAACUUACUGUAAGCAAUAAGACUGACAGCAGGUUAGGUCCGUUGCUGUAUUACGUUUAAACCAGAAAAGUAUGUACCAACACAGUAUAUGGUCAGUUGUAAAAAAAAUCAUAAGUGGCGCUAUCUAUAUUCAAUACAAAGAAAUAAAAACCAAAGAAAAAACAACCGACUUGUUGACCUAUAUCGAUUGCCUUCGGAAUAAUUUUUAUUUAUGAUUUGAAAUAAGAGGUACGCACAUUGGUACUCAAAUUUAUACAUUCCAAAACAGAUCGUAGUAAACCAUGUACUUAAAAAUGGUACAGCUAUGUCACUACUUUGACAUUCUAGUAAAUUUCUUCAAGAACCUCUACAAAAUUAUGGAAGUUGGGUUUUUGUAUAAUUUUUUUUAACUCUUGAUGUUCUUCGAUGCCCAAUUACCUGCCAUAUUACCCGUCAGUCCCGUACCAGUCAACCCGUCAAAAUUCAAAAUGGUGGACCAUUUACCAAAGUCAGAUGUCUUUACGGAAACAUUCGACCAUGUUAACUUUUCUGUAUAUGAACAGAAACAGUAUAUCAGCCGAACAUUAAUGUAAAGCAUUACCUGUAAACACUGCAAACGACGGAAUGAUGCUUAAAUACACCCGCUCAAAUGGUUAUAGAGGAAUGACAUGGACGACCUUCGCUUAUGGUGGAAGAUUUAUCGCAAAACAUAGUCUAGCAAAAACUGCAACAUAUACGGACAAAAUGAUGAAAGAAUUUGAAUCAACAUUAAAGAUUCUUUGUAGGAACAUAUGUAAAAUAGAAAAAACACCUUAGCUGAAUAUCUAAAAUAGUAUAUAGUGAGAAAUCAGGGUACUGCUCAUUUUUUUUACUUUUGUUCAGGCUUUCUACAUUUCACACUCUCAUUUUUGUCUCAAGGUGUAAACAUUCGUGUUUAUUUUGACUAUGAAAUGGCUUUUGGCAGUACUCUUGUCUGGCAACAAAUACAAAGGUGGAGGAAGAACUACAUUAAUUAAUUGCAUAAAAAAAUAGAACAGGAUCCAAAUUUAUCAAGCCUUUAAAGUUAGCAAUGUAUUUUGUUAUUUUUUUAAUAAAGGCUCAUAUCGAUAUGGGACCAUAUAGAGAAUGCUCAGACCACAAGUGUUCUACAAAUUUACUAUAUCACAAAGAGUUAUAUAUUUAAAAAUUGUAGAAGUAAACACUAUAAGCACCAAUUCUUGUAAUAUCUAACGACUCUAGUGAACUUUAUUCAUCCUCUUCUUUUAUUGAAUAGUUUGUCACAAUUGAUAGUUGAAAGACACAAGUAUAGAACAAGUCAGUGAUGUCAUUAAGGCAUAGAAACCAUUUUUUAAAUCUACCAAUAGCAAUCAAUUUUUAGUGUUUUCCCCGUUUUAUAUUUUCUAGGUUAUGUGUCCUAUCAAGUGGCUGAAGAGCUUCACCAUUUUUAUAUGGUUGUACAUAGAGGUGCACUGCUAUUUCGUAAACUGCAACUUUGUCACUGCUACCAAUAUACCUAAAUACAAAAAAACUACAAUUUAAAAGAAUUUUGCUAAAUGUUGUCACAUUUUAAAGUUUAAUACUCGUACAAGUGUUUUGCUCUAAGGUUUAGUAGAGCGUGACGGUUAACGAAUGACAUCUUGGAGAAAAGAUAAAGGGCUAGGAGUCGAUGAGUCACAUUUCACGUAAAAUGUAAUGUUUUACGUCACAUUUGACAUACAAUUUCACAUUCUACGUCAAAAUUUGACGUGAAACAUAUUGCAUGAGGUGUAACGGAUAACAUUUAGAUAAAAUUUCACGCUUUACAUCACAUUUUACGUCAAAAUGUGACAGAACGUAAAAUAUGUCUUAAAACGUGACAUUUAACGUGUGAAAUAUGAUGUGGAACGUAACAUUUUACACGACGUUGUGUUUCGUGUCAUUUCACGUAAAAGCCUAUGUUUCAUGUCACAUUUGACAUAAAAUUUCACAUUCCGCGUCCCACUUUACGUAAAAUGGCAUAUUCCACAGAAAUGUCAAAUUUUUCGCAAAAUGUCACAGUUUACGUCAAAAUGUGAUUAGGAACGUGAAGUGUGUGGUGGAACGUGACAUUUAACGUGUUACGCGAGUGAUCUUUAUUCAGAAUUAACCACAAUUUCAGUUGGCAACAAGUUUAUUUUGACAUUUUGAUUUCUCGGAAAUCAAACGGAAAUCGUUCUCAAAAUAGCGUAAAGAAAUUUCCGAAGUGGCAAUCGAAACGUUAAAAUGGUCGAAUUUUUAAUAUCACAAGACAAUAUCUUCAGAACCAAUACGAUGUGGCACGUGCCAUUUUUAACAAACAAACUGGAUAUUUAUCAGCGUCGGGAGCAGACAGGAUAGAAGAGGUUAUAGCACCAUAGAUCACAUACAAGUAAUAACAACACUAAUUGAAAAAUUAGAAUCAAAAUAGAAAAUGAGAUGUCACAAGCAAUAGAAAUACGUAAGAAGUACGACAGGGAUGCAUUUUGUCACCGCUGCUGUUUAAUGUUUAUAGUGAAAGCAUCUGCCAGGAAACCCUUUUGCAAGCAAACGAAGGAAUCGUAAUCAAUGGGGAGGUUGUAAAUAAUAUUCGACACUGUACUAGUUGCACGAACAGUAGAAGAAUUACAACGAUUACUUACAAAUAUAAAUAUUGCCUGCAACAAUUAUGGCAUAAAUAUCAAUAUAAAAAAAACCAAGUAUAUGGUCUUCAGUAAAAACACGACACAACCACAAAUUACAAAUACUUGGGGACUUCAAUAAACGAAACUGGAGACCAAAACAAUGAAAUAAAAAGACGUAUCGAAAUUGCCAGGGCCAUCUUCAUAAAUAUGAGGAAAUUCUUCUGCAACAGAGAUAUAAGCAUCCCCUACGAUUAAGAGAUUAAGACGUUGAACGUGAUAUAAUUACACUACUCACCUCCUUAUAUUUCCAACGAGGUAAUAUUAAUUUACAUCCGUCCAGUGGUUCGGGAAUAUGUUAUUUUGGACUUUAUUCUUUUUUUAUACGAUUUAAUUUGGAGUUUGGCGCAGAAAUCAGGAUGUUUAACAAUUUGUAACAGUGACAAAGUUUUAAUCAUAACGGACUAUACCUUUUUGAUAAAAACACAGUGUUAUUUACAUUUCAAUACGUAUUGGUUUGAAAUUUAAAAACCAACUCGUCAAAAACGAGAUAAAGUGAAUUACAUUACAUUCCGAUGUUCGAAAGCAUCAAAUUUAAGACUGCAGUUUUACUUGAAAACAGUCUCUAAAUAAACAUUAAUCCUAAAGUGAGUUGUAACGAAUAAGGCGAUAAAAUUUCAGGGUAUCAUCCGCAUUUCGUCGACAUUAUUAGCUAUAUUGUGUUGCUGUGCAUUUAACGUUAUUCCAUCGAUAUGUGUGUGAUACUUUUAGUAAUGAUUGCAAAGUGAUUUUUGAAGCAUUUAAUGAAUCUGAACCUGAAAAAAUUAAAUAGGACAGAAUCAAUAUUGUCAUGCUGAUACAAAAGAUAUAAUAUUUACAUACAAAAGUACAUAUUUGUAAUUCUAAGCAAUUAAUGCACAAAAAAUGCAAAUCUUUAAUUUGACGUAAUUCCUUCACCUAAAUUGAGUAAAUG